AUCGGCCCUGUAACCUUCACUAGCUGAGAUCUGUACUACUCGCUGGUGCUCUUUGAUUCUUAGCUCCAUGCCAUUACCUACCAAUUCUCAAGAAGGAGACCCCGUCCUUCGGCAGGCCUCAGUCCGUGCUACCCGCCGCGAUGUUACCUUUUGGCAUCCCGGAUAUCGACUCAUGACCAUUCAGUAUUGGGAGUAUCUGGCCAAGGGCGCUCCCAGCAAGGAUCGUGGUGACUGGGGAGAUGUCUACGUUGAUCUCUCCGAUAACCUCCUCUAUGCAAAGACGCUGAGAGGCUGGACCCUAUGGCCUGGCGUCACCUCUACACAAGGGGCAUCGCACGGGAGGGUGGUGUCUUGGAACCAACUCAAAAAGAAGUGGAUUGUUAGCAACCCCACUACCCCAAACCAGUGCCUUCCAGACCAUUCCGAGCAUCUGAGGUAUCUGUGGUGCACCCGAGAGGGCAUUCACUGGUGGACAAGAGCGGAGAUCGAAGACGACAUGGACAAGAUACAUGACACCUUUCCUCACGAUGUGAAGCUACGAACGAACGGGAGGUGGAUAGUGCGGGACUUUGUCAACUUGAGUCUUCAGCAAUCGGCACCCAGUGGCGCGGCCAAUGCAACUCAGCCCGCCGGUGCCAAUCUUAAGCGUGCACGGGAUGGCGAUAAUCUGGGGUUUGCCUCUGGCAGUAGCCAAGCCAAUGUUCAAUCAAAUGCAGCGUCGAUAUCAGGCACUUCUGCUUCUGCCAAUAAAAAGCAGCGGAUCGAGGAUAGCCGUACAGCCAAUAGUGGCUCUCUCACUACUGCAUCCAAUGCUAAUGCUGUACAAGGCCUGCAAACAGGACUACAAGCGGUCUCCCGAGGGAGCAACGAAAACGCACAAACACUAAAGCAAAGCCUCGAUGCAACGCAGGCAGAGCUGCGGAAAGCUCGAGCAGAUCUGGCUGCCCAAAGCAUCGAAUCGGUCAAUCGUGGCAGGCGCAUUCUUGAGCUUGAAGCGGAGCUGAAGACAACCCGAGACGUCCUCCAGAAAUGGCAGCAAGGCUGGAAUGCUGCUCACAAACGCAUCGGAGAACUGGAGCUUCUUCAGCAACAAGCCUUGCAGCUUUUGGAGGGCAAUUUCUAG